CUCCAUCAUUUCGUCAAGCAUUGGUGUUGGUACUACACUACUACCUUAUUAUCCAAAAUCACAUAAACCCAGACAUUCCAACAAGAACGGUCAUGGCUAUUAGAUUCCUCAAGCAAGUACUCUCCAAGACACAGGGGAUUACAACAGUUGUCGAUGUGCCAAAAGGUCAUUUUGCUGUAUAUGUAGGAGAGUGCGAAAAGAGACGAUUUGUGCUUCCCAUUUCAUACUUGCAAAAUCCUUCAUUUCAAAGUCUGCUAAAGAAGGCAGAAGAAGAAUUCGGGUUUAAUCACCCGACAGGUGGACUCACGAUCCCAUGUAGAGAACAAGCCUUCAUUGACCUCUUGUGUGGUCCGCAUUGAGUUACUCUUGAGCUAGAAGGAGCUCAAUCCAAAACUUCACAAAUUUAAUUGGCAAGAGAGGGAGAGAGUUUAUACAAUUUUGUAGCCGUAGUAUCUUCUUCAUUUUUUAAGUCUGGCAGAUGUUGUAUAUAAAUAUCCAUUUUGAGAAAAUGGAUCAUUCUUACCUAGUGACAUGAAAAAGCUUCCAACAUUUUCCGUCUUCCUUGCAUCUAUUCCAAGCUAGUGAAGUUGACAUUAUUGUUUGCCUUAAGACCAACAGAUUUGC